CUGUGUUGUGGUGAGGACGCAAACAAUGUGUAGGAGCAACGCGGCAGAGAUGGGUGGCGGUGGGGGUGGCAUGGCGGUAGCAGCGGCGGCAGGUGGGCGGCGAUGGGCGGCACUGGUGACAAGCAUUAAAAAUACCACCCCUAAGAUGGCACUGUUUGUCUUCUUCGUCGUCUACACGGCUGCCGGGGCCAAGAUUUUCCAGAUCCUGGAGCACCCAGCUGAGGUACAGGCUCAAGAGGAGGCAGGAGCCACCCUUCUGGAACAGAGAGCUAUCUUCAUGCAGUCCCUAACUAAUAUAAGUGUACACACAGUCUCGGAGUACCAGCUGCGGGUGUCGGCGGAGCUGCGGCAGUACGAGAGUGCGGUAGAGGAUGCGGUGGGGGCGGGAGUCUCCCCACUAGACCCCCACCUCCCCCACUACCACUGGAACUACAUCGAAAGUGUCUUCUUCGCCUCCACUGUCAUUACCACUAUAGGGUAUGGCAACAUGGCCCCUGUAACCACCUGGGGUCGUGUCUUCUGCAUCCUCUUCGGCUUCGUGGGUAUUCCCGUCACCCUCACCGUCAUCGCUGACUUAGGAACCAUCUUCGCCAACUUGGUCUCCACGAUGUCCAAGCACUUGGGAACUCUCACCAGGAACUGCGCUCCGGCUAAGGCAAGACUUAAUGCUAUUGGUAUAGCGAUAUGAUCUACAUGUUUGAAGCUCAGUGUACUCCCGUGUAUGUAUUCAUGAAGGGCGGUAGUGGUUAAUGCUUUUUUUCUAAUGUAGUAUAUUGUAACAGUAGGUAAAUGUAACUAAUUAAUGGAGAGGGAUAAGAACAAA